AUGGAGACUUCAAGUUCAAGUGGACAAUUGUUAUAUGGACCCGAAGACCCGUCCGUGCUAUAUCUGCAGAAAAAGCACCUAUCAAGUAAACUAUUGAAAGAUGGCACCACACAAGUUUUCAAAGUCCGUCGGACGGAAAGUAAGACUUGGGAUGUCGGCAUUCAUGAGAAUGUGAGGGAUUGGCUUGACGCCUUUGGUUUUAAAGGCGUGAUGGAUUGUGGGAAGUCGAUGAAGGUCGACAAUGAGCUGAUCACGGCUUUAAUUGAGCGUUGGAGGCCGGAGACGCACACUUUCCAUCUAUCGAUCAGAGAGGCGACGAUGACCUUGGAAGAUGUGCAAGCCAUUUGGGGCUUGAGAGCGGACGGUCGCGUUUUCACAGGGCGUGACCAUCAUGUUAGAUAUCCAGAUUGGCCUAGCAAGUGCCGCGAUUUGGUGGGAUGGAUACCGGAUGCAUCCACAGAUACAAAGCAAGGCGGGUUGCUGAUGACCGCUCUGAUCAACCAGACGAGGAUGCCUUUGGGUGAUGACCUGCCUACAUACGUAUACAUCCAAAGGGCUCGUAUCCAUGCCCUAAUUUUGUUAGGAGGUCUCAUUCUACCAGACACCACGGGGUGUAAGGUUCCUUUUAUGUGGUUGAAUGCGUUUGAGGAUCCGGACGAGGUGCAGAAUAUUAGUUGGGGAAGUGCCGCUUUGUCCUACCUUUAUCAUUAUCUGUGCGAGGCUUCCAUGGAUAAGAGGAAAGAGUUGGGCGGGCCUAUGAUUCUUCUGCAGCUAUGGGCGUGGGAAAGAAUGCCCACACUGAGGCCUGCGUUCAUAGGAGCAGUCGUGCACCAACCAUAUACCCCAUGUGGCGCCAGGUGGAAAGGAACAACGCACAUAGGAAAUGAUCCCAGAUACUCGGUUGAGCAUUAUCGUGAUCAAAUAUCCCUGCUUAGGCCCGACCAGUUUAUGUGGACGCCUUAUGCGCAUUGCAUACUGCCUGACGACUGCAGUGAUGCAAAUGGAUGCUCCUUGUGCGACACGUACUUGGUGUGUUGGGCCUAUGUCGAGGCACACGAGGCUGGAUGA